ACUUAUGUAUUUAAAGUCAACAUUUUUACUACAUCAGAAAUAGUAAUACUAAUACUAAUUAGUAGUAGUUCUUACCUAUAAUUUGUGAUAGUAGUUCCAAUCCAUUAUGUAAGUUUCACCAUAAAAUAUAUCAAACAAAGAGCUAGCUAAGAAGUUUUAGUUUCUGCUCAAGGAGAAAGUUAAAAUAAUACAAGUUUGGUAAUAAACUACAUCAGCUAUGUAUACUUUUAAACUUCUUGUAUGUUAUUUUCUACACAAAUGCCUUGCUUUUACCGAUAUAUCCGAAAAUUCUUUUGGACUUAACAACAAUGGUUUAAUUGCUGCUUUCGGAGACUUCAAUUCUGAUGAAUUGACAGACACCUUCGUUAUAAACGGCUCAAGCAUUGAAGUGCUUCUGGCUCACGACAAAGAACCCUUUUUAAGACAGUCUCCAUAUGCUUGUGAUCUGGAUGGUUUGACUAUAACUAGUGUUGUACCAGGAGAUUUCGAUGGUGAUGCUUAUAUGGAUAUACUUUUGACGACUCAAGCACCAAAUGUCACUUCAGACAUUCAUGAUGUAAGGAUAUUGUGGGGUGGAACACCUAGCCUAAAUUGCUCCGAUGCUCUUACAGUGAAAACAACUACAAUCGGUCAACCGGUUGUUCUCGAUUAUAACAGAGACAUGGUCAUAGAUCUCUUUGGUAUCAAUUUAAAAAAGAAAAGAGUGUUUUGGGUGUUUGAUGAGAGCCGUUCUACUCCAAUAGAAUAUGUGAUGACUGAAGGGCUUUCAAAAGAAAUAAAACUACCACAUUCACAUGCAUUUUUGGAUGUAAAUGAUGAUAAUGCAGCUGACCUCUUAGUUACUACAAAAUUAGAUGUUGAAAUUUGGUUAAAUGAGCAACCAGGUUUUACAUACAACAAGAGCAUAGAGCUCCUUGUUGGCUAUGCUACUAUCUAUGGUCAAGCACUGUUUAUUGAUGUAGCUCUUUCUGGCCAAUUCUACUUAGUGCUACCUGUGUGCUGUGACAUUGCUUGUAAAAACAGCACAAUUCUAAUUUAUGAUAAUGAGAAAUGGAAUGAUUUACAAGUCGACUUUAAUGAUGGAAAAGGAACACUGUGGAGAUUCGUGCCCCCAAGAAAUGAGACAUAUCUUGACACUAUUACAAUGAGAAGUGGAGAUUAUAAUAUGGACGGCUACCCUGACAUCCUUGUCACCUUAUGUCCAGUAAAUAGUGAUGAUACAUCUGUACUUCUGUUGCACAAUGUUGCCUGUAACACACCAGGCUGUAAAUUUUCAAGAACAUUUGUGGUGCAGUGGGGAAAAUUUAUAGCGUUUGAAAAAAAUGUUGUAAUGGCAACAUUUUAUGAUUUCUACAUGGAUGGUGUUCUGGAUCUUAUUUAUGUUCAAAAGAAUAAAACAACCCAAAAAUAUAUAAUGAAAGCAUUCAGAAAUGAACUGGAGUAUGAUACUAACUUUAUUAAAGUCAUAGUGGUGACUGGUUUGAGCAAUGAGAAAAUUCCUACAUAUAAUGGAACAUUACUAACAAGAAAGCUUACGUUUGGAACAAAUCUACCAGGACCAAAGGUUGGAUACAACACUUGGUCUCAGGAAGGAACAUACAGGACAGGAGUUUGUGCACAGUUACCACAGUCUGCUUAUUUUGCUCUACAGCUCCCAUACUCCUUGUUUGGUCUGGACAGAACUCCCAAUUUUGUGGACACACUCACUGUCGGCUUAUCAGGAUAUUCUAAAAGUUGGACACAGAUAAUUCCCAACUCUCAAAUAGUAUUAAUUCCUGCUCCACCUAAUGAUCCAUCGCAAUGGAAAGCCCAAUUAUUUGUGACACCGAGUAAAUUAAUUCUGAAAAGUUUGUCUGUCCUAACUGCAAUACUAGUGAUAAUCAUAAGUUGUGUGGGUUAUCUACACUGGAAAGAAAGAAACGAUAGAGAUGAUAUCAUAGAAAUAGACGAUAAGACUGUAAAUAUGCUGUAAAUAUUUAGAAUAAUAUCAUGUACCUAGUAUUCAAAAAAUAAAUAAUAAUUAUAUACAUAUCUGUGAUCAAUUUAUUUAGUUUGUCUGUUUAAAAUGUUAACCUGAUAUUUGUUU